AUGGCUGAACGUCUGGAGGACCAUCUUAAAUGUCCCACCUGUCUGGACAUCUUCCAAGAUCCCGUCAUGCUGCUGCCGUGUAGUCACAACUUCUGCCGUGCGUGUCUGCAGCAUUGGAAGGACACAGGAGAACGAUCGUGUCCACUCUGUAGGACACUGUUUAGUUGGAUAGAUCCGCCUCCGAACUUGGCACUGAAGAAUUUGUGUGAGAACCUUUCACGAGCCUCAGUCAAGUUAGAAGAGAUGUGUAGCUUGCACAAAGAAGAACUCAAACUCUUCUGUUUGGACCACCAAGAGCGUGUGUGCCUCAUCUGCAGAGACGCAGAAAUACACACUGGUCACCAGUUCCGGCCCCUCGAAGAAGUUGUGAAAGGUCAUCGUGAGGAACUCAAGAAAGGCCUGCAGAAGGCCAAGGAAAGACUCAAAGAUUACAACGACUGCCGAGAGAGCUGCAAUGAACAGGCAGAGUACAUCAAAGUCCAGAAGAAGAAGGUCGAACGCAAGAUUAAGAAGGAUUUUGAGGAGCUCCGUCGCUUUCUUGACGUCGAGGAGAAGGCCAGGUUGGCAGCGGUCAGGGAGGAAGAGAGGAACAAGAUUCAAAGGAUGAAGGAGAAGAUCGCAGCUCUCGGAAAACAAAUGGCCACUCUCUCGAGUGUCAUCAGAAGCACUGAGGAGCAGCUGGAGCCUAGCAAUGUUUCUUUCAUGAAGAAGUUCAAGACUGCGAUGAGCGGGAUCCAAGAGAUCCCCGAUAAACCGGAGGAUCUCCGAGGUGGUCUUCUGGAUGAAGCCAAACACGUGGGCAAUCUCAUGUUCAACGUGUGGGAGCGACUGAAGGAGACACUCGUCUACCAUCCUGUCAUUCUGGACCCCAACACGGCUGAUCCAGAACUCAGUCUGUCCGAAGAUCUGAGCUGUCUGACUUUAAAAGAAGCACAGCAGCAGCGUCCAAAGAAUCCAGAAAGGUUCAAGUGGGAGUCCGUGCUGGGUUGUGCUUUAGACUGGGGAAGACACGUGUGGGACGUUGAGGUGGGAGACAACAAUGACUGGCAAGUGGGGGUUGCGUGGGGGGACCCUUGUUUGCCAGAGAAAAUGAAUAGUUGGUUAACUGCAUUUUGGGAUGGGAAAUACACAAAUUUCAAUGACCAAUUUGGAGAGUGGAAUCUGCCUGUCAAAGUGCAGAAGAUCCGAGUUAAAGUGGACAUGAAUGAAAGGUCAUUUUCCAUCUCUGAACCUCUUACAAACAUUGAAUUGUGGAAACAUAUGAAGUCUUCCAAUUGGCCAGACUUGUGCGGUAACACCAAAAUGUAUCCUUAUUUCCGGACGGCACAUAAAAUUCCUCUAAAGAUAAUCCCCAUUCCACCUCUUGUUACGAUUGCCAUCAGUUAG